AUGGCCGACACGUCUACACACAGGCUCGAUCUCAGAGUUGGCGGCAAAUACAGGCUUGGGAAAAAGAUCGGUUCUGGCUCCUUUGGUGACAUCUAUCUUGGGAUUAACAUAAUCUCAGGCGAGGAGGUCGCCAUCAAGCUUGAAUCCGUCAAAGCCAAGCACCCGCAGCUCGAGUAUGAGUCAAAGGUCUACAAGACCCUCGCCGGUGGUGUUGGAGUCCCCUUUGUCAGAUGGUUUGGCACAGAGUGCGACUACAACGCCAUGGUUCUCGAUCUCCUUGGUCCUUCCCUCGAGGACCUCUUCAACUUUUGCAACCGCAAAUUUAGUCUCAAGACAGUCCUUCUCCUUGCUGACCAAUUGAUUUCUCGUAUCGAAUACAUUCACUCUCGCAACUUUAUCCAUCGCGAUAUCAAACCAGACAACUUUUUGAUGGGCAUUGGCAAGCGUGGCAAUCAGGUCAACGUCAUCGAUUUCGGUCUUGCAAAGAAGUUCCGCGACCCCAAGACCCACCUUCACAUCCCUUACCGCGAGAAUAAGAACUUGACUGGUACUGCUCGUUAUACGUCCAUCAACACCCACUUGGGUGUCGAGCAGGCUCGCCGCGAUGAUCUCGAAUCUCUCGCCUAUGUUCUUAUGUACUUCCUUCGUGGUGCUCUCCCGUGGCAAGGUCUCAAAGCUGCUACCAAGAAGCAGAAGUACGACCGUAUCAUGGAGAAGAAGAUGACAACGCCAACUGAUCUCCUUUGCCGCGGUUUCCCCAACGAAUUCGGAAUCUUCCUUAACUAUACCCGUGCUCUUCGCUUCGAUGACAAACCUGACUAUUCAUACCUUCGCAAACUCUUCCGCGACCUCUUCGUCCGUGAGGGUUACCAGUAUGAUUAUGUCUUCGACUGGAGUGUCCAACGUGGCGCUCAGGAAGAAGGCACUCAGGGCUCUGGUUCCAAGUCAGGUGCCCCUAGGCGAAAGGUCGUUCAGGAAGAAGACGAGCACCGCGCAAGCGACAGGAUGCUUCGCUCCCAUACCCGCCAGGCGCAACAAGCGGCACCUGGCGCAGUUGGUCAGCAGCGAGGCGCUAGACGUGAUGCGGAACUGUGGUAA